UCUCGUCUGUCCGCCAUCCUUGUGGCUCUUUGCAGAAGGGCACGGAGAGGCCGAAACAAGGGUGCCUGGAGUAGCAACAACUUGGCACUUCAUCCUUCAAACAUGCUGUCCAGACUCGUCUUUGUCUCAGGCAGUGCCCUGAAAGGCAGUGGCCCCAUUGGAGCUGGCCUGGUGCAUGCGUCCCGCUCCCUGCAUACAUCGUCCCAGAGUCAGGCUCCAGUGCCUGCUCUGUCGGAGAAGGGAGGCAAAGUUCGCCAUGGCAUCAUCCCAGAGGAGCUGUUCCAGCUUCUGUACCCCAAAACUGGAGUCACAGGACCCUACAUGUUGGGCACUGGCCUCCUCCUCUACAUGCUUUCCAAGGAAAUCUACGUCAUUAACCACGAGACGUUUGCUGCCGCCUCCAUAACUGCCGUCAUCAUCUACGGUGUCAAGAAAUUCGGUCCGAGUGUUGCAGCUUUUGCUGACAAACUGAACGAGGACAAAGUGGCCAAGGCUCAGGAGGUGAAGGACCUCGCCAUGACCAGCCUGGCUCAGGCCAUCGAGGACGAGAAGAAGGAGCAGUGGAGAGCAGAGGGAAGAUCAAUGCUCUUUGACGCCAAGAGGAACAACGUGGCUAUGCUGUUGGAGACCAACUACAGAGAGAGGCUACACAUGGUGACCAAUGAGGUGAAGAGGCGCUUGGACUAUCAGAUCGCCCUGCAGAACCUCCACCGUCAGAUGGAGCAGGAUCACAUGGUCAACUGGGUGGAGAAGAGCGUCAUCAGCAGCAUCACUCCCCAGCAGGAGAAAGAGAGCAUCGCCAAAUGCAUCACAGACCUGAAGGCCCUGGCGAAGGCCACUCAGGCCAAAGCUGCAGUCUAAACUGUCGCUGCUCCAGAGACGGCUGCUCCAGACCUCAACGAGACGCCACUUUUCUUUACAUAAUAAACUAUUUCCUCUUAAGGAUUAUCUCUGUCAAUACUAUGGGUGUGUACAGUAUUUACACGUCAGCAGAUGGUAAAAUAAAUGGUUCUCUUAUUCAA